CCACCCACUUCACCCACAUCGGAACAAAACACAACCCAAAACGUGCACAAAACCGAACGCUGUUUUCUUUCCCGUCCGCAUCAGUGUUCUUUCUACCUAUCCCACCUAUCCUAAAUCCAGAAGUGUCAGAAAUUUUACACGGGAAGAAGUGCGCGCGGUCCCCAUCCGUAUAGUAGGCCUUGGCGGUGUUCCUCCUUUGAAGCGUUGUGGUGAAGGUGCGUUUUUCCCCGACAGUGCAUAUUACUCCAGGCACCCCUAUAUUUGGUUUUUGCACGCGACGUGAGUGAUUAGCACUGCCCAUUGAUAACGUCACGUAAAUCGCCUGAACCUGCUUCGGCUGUCCGACCUGUUUGGAUUCCGUUUUCUUGCGGGCGUAAUUUGUGGAAGUGGCUUCAAUAGCAACAUUAGUGAUGUCGUAAAAGUGUGUCCAGAAGAGGAUGAUGAAGCGCUGCUAAUAUAGUACUCUAGCAGCUGUUCUUCCUCAAGACCGAGAGAUAGUUGCAUCCUGAGAUCACGCGCUUCAUUACAACCAAUCCCCAAUAAUCAUCGGACGGCUGCAGACAGAGGCGCUUCCUCCCGAUAUCACUUCAUUAUAGUUGGGGAGUACGAUAACGAUAAGCGUUAUCAUCUGUCCCUCCUUUGCUUUCGUCGGACCGAAUGCUAAAAAGUAGCAAUCUCUAUCUAUAUCAGCAGGCAGACAUCUGCAGAACCCGCCCGAGAAGAGAGAGUGUGAGAUGAAGCAGCAGUGAUUGUGUCUGAUGCUGCAUAGAAGUGAUUCGCAAUCCGUCUGCCGCCGCCAAUAAGCGAAAAGUGCCGCGCGAGGGAAGAAGGCAAGUGAAGGUCGUUCGGAAGUGAAGUCAACUGCGACGAAAUAUAGGAAGAAUCCGCCUCGGGGGGCUUUCCAACUAAACAGCUGCUGGAAUCCGAUUCCGGAGAGAGAUGUGGAUCAUCACAAGUGCGGUUCAUUUCCGUGGUUUAGUUGUUCGUUGAUUCGGUUUAAUUUGUUCUCUUAUCAGUUUCAUUGACUCUUUAGAAAAUAGUUUGUUUUCGGUUUCGGCGAUCUUCCGAUCAAUAUUGUUUGUGUAAAAUUAAUUAGUUUCGUCAUCGGUUUUAGUUGUGUUGCAUAUACAGUAUAGCUAGUUUGUUCGUGUUUUAUGUUGGUUUGAUUUGUGUUACGUUUGGAAAGAUCGCUAUACAAGUACUUUAAACCAUGCGGGUCGUGGCACUUGUGAGCGGUGGCAAGGACAGCACCUACAACAUGAUGCAGGUCACUGCCGAGGGGCACCAGGUGAUCGCCCUGGCGAACCUGCAUCCGAAAGACAAAGAUGAGCUCGACAGCUACAUGUACCAGACGGUGGGCCACCAGGGCAUCGAGAAGCUGGCCCAGGCCAUGGAACUGCCUCUGUAUCGGCGGAUAACGCGGGGGAACUCGAUCAAUACCAAGGGCAACUACGAGCCGACCGAGGACGACGAGGUGGAGGACCUGUACGAGCUACUGCGGCAAGUUAAGGAGGAACGGAACGUGGAAGCGGUCGCGGUCGGGGCCAUCCUGUCCGAUUACCAGCGGGUGCGAGUGGAAAAUGUGUAAGUAGAAGAUUUCCUG